CAUGCGCAGAAACAUUCCUGGGUGUGCAAACAUGAGACGAUGGAAAAUUAUCAUGGUUGUUGGUGUCAUCACUAUUGUUGUGGUUUCUAUGAAUCUUUUGUUUCGUAUUACACCUAACGAAGAGCAGUCCGUGUUGGAUGGGGAGUCUCAGAAAAGAAUAUCUCAACUGCAGCAUGAUGUAGAGCUUUUAGAGAACCAACUGAACACAGAUAGGCGACAAUACAACCAACUAAAGAGAAUGACUGUUGAUGUCCAGCCAAACACAAGGACUGAUAAAGAUAUUAUGCUAAAACAUGACCCCAAUAAAGUCAAGGCUUCUGAAUUAAAACUGAAGUCAACCUCUGCAAAUGACAAGAAAUCCUUGAGUAAUCAUUCUAAAGUAGAAUUGAACAUCCCCGUAUUAUCGUAUCCAUCAGUAGACUGUCAGUUCAGUGGUGAGCCAAGUGGUCUAAAGUCUGAUGUGCAGAUGUUGGAUGUUUUUGACAUGAUUCCAUUUGGCACUGUUGAUGGUGGAGUGUGGAAACAAGGGUUUGAGAUUACUUACAAUUUAGAGAGAUGGAAGGAUAAGCCACUCAAUGUCUUUAUAGUACCACAUUCACACAAUGAUCCUGGUUGGUUAAAAACGUUUCAGCAAUACUAUGUAGCACAGACACGUCAGAUACUGAACAAUGUUGUGGAUGGGUUAAAUGAAGAUGCCAGUCGUCGCUUCAUUUGGGCAGAAAUAUCCUAUUUUGAUCUGUGGUGGAAUGAGCAGUCAGCAGAGAAGAGGGGUAUUGCAAAGAAGCUAAUAGAGAAUGGGCAGUUGGAAAUAGUGACUGGAGGAUGGGUCAUGAAUGAUGAGGCAAAUACUCAUUAUUAUGCUAUGAUCGACCAGAUGAUAGAGGGACAUCAAUGGCUGAAACAGAAUUUAGGCAUUACACCUCAUUCCGGAUGGGCAAUUGAUCCAUUUGGUCAUUCUUCAACUAUGGCAUACUUGUUGGCAAGAAUGGGAUUUGAUUUCAUGUUAAUUCAGCGAGUUCAUUAUAGUGUCAAAAAGUAUUUGGCACAGAGGAAGAACCUUGAGUUUCGCUGGAGGCAGAACUGGGAUCAUAGUAGUACUACUGACAUGUUUUGUCACAUGAUGCCAUUCUACAGCUAUGAUAUUCCUCACACUUGUGGACCAGAUCCAAAGAUUUGCUGUCAGUUUGACUUUAGACGUCUGCCUGGUGGUGGUAUGGUGUGUCCAUGGAAAGUACCACCAGUAGCAAUAACAGAUGCUAAUGUGGCAGCUAGAGCUGAAAUGCUAUUGGAUCAAUAUCGCAAGAAAGCAGAACUUUUCCAAACUCGUAAUCUUCUUGUCCCUCUUGGAGAUGACUUUCGAUAUGACAAAGAAUUAGAGAUAGCUCGUCAGUUUUCUCAUUAUAACAAGAUCAUCUCCUAUAUCAACUCACAUCCAGAGAUGAGAGCUAGAGUUCAAUUUGCUACUUUAAGUGAGUACACAAAGGCUGUGGUGGAAGAUGUUGGAACUUUAUCUUCAUUUCCAAUUUUAAGUGGAGAUUUCUACACGUACGCGGAUCGGAGUGAUCAUUAUUGGAGUGGUUAUUACACUACACGGCCAUUUUUCAAACUGAUGGACAGACGUUUGGAAUCUGCUCUCAGGUCAGCAGAAAUCCUUUUCUCUCUGGCCACAGUAGCAGCUCGUGUGGAAGGUCCCAGCUCUUUUCCUGUGGCUGAAUUGUUUGGUCUGAUAACAUCCAGUCGGAGGGACCUUGCAUUGUUUCAGCAUCAUGAUGGAAUCACAGGAACAGCCAAGAAUUUUGUAGUUCAGGACUAUGGAAACAGGAUGUUGUCUGCUAUCAACUCAGCUCAAAUUGUCAUGAUUAAGUCAGCUCAGUUUUUAUUAUCCAGUGACAGAAAAGCCAUAUUACCGCAAGAAAUGUACUUUGAAGUGGAUGACUUUAUUCAGUCUUAUGACUCAACUCCUGUGAAGAAAACUAUUGCUUUGUCCGAACAUCCAAAGAAAAUUUUUUUGUAUAACUCACUAGAACAUAACCGAGUGCAGGCUGUUUGCAUUAUAGUCUCUACUUCAAAAGUGAAGUUUGCUUGUUUGCUGUGAGUUUUUGCUGUAAUGCCAAGAGGAAAACAGCUCAGUCCCAUCACCAGAGGAAAGAUUGAAGCGCUGCAUUCUGUAGGCCAUACCGCUCGCCAGAUUGCAGUGCAAGUGGGAAGA